UUAUACUUCAAUUUUUUUACACACAGAAGAGGAGAAGAGAAGAAACAAUAAACAUGAGUUUAAUUGCAGGUUCUUACGAAAAAUUCAUCUGGGGUUAUAAGCUUAAACCCUUAAAAAACUCUUCUUCUUCUUCAACCCUAACACUAACCCUAACCCAGCUUUUUUCCUACCCGUCCCACCUCGCCCCCAUCACUACAGUGGCCGUCGCCGGGACCGCGGGGGCCUCCGGAUCCAGUGACGACACCAUCCACCUCUACGACCUCUCCUCCUCUGCCUCUCUCGGCGCCCUGCACCUCCAAGAUUCUUCCUCCGUUACCUCUCUCGCCUUUUACACUCCGCCCAAUCUUUCUGUCCCUCGUAACCUCUUCGCCGCGUCUGCCGAUGGGUUCGUUUCGAUUUUUGACGCCGACCCUUUUGUUCUUUUGAAGUCUGUUAAGGCCCACAAGAAGGGAGUCAAUGACUUGGCCAUUCAUCCUUCUGGGAAGCUCGCGUUGAGUGUGGGGAGAGACGAGUGCUUGGCUAUGGUUAAUUUGGUGAGAGGGAGGAGGAGUUUUUAUCAUAAAUUGGGGAAAGAAGCGAGCUUGAUUAAAUUUGACUUCAGUGGGGAUAAGUUUUUUAUGGUUACAGAGGAGAAAAUUGGGGUUCAUCAAGCUGAAGAUGCAAAGUUGCUGUGUGAAUUGGAGGGAAAUAAAAGGAUUCUUUGUGCAGCUCCUGGAGAGAAUGGAGUUCUACUUACUGGUGGUGAGGACCGUAGUAUCACAGCCUGGGACACAAACAGUGGGAAGGUAUCAUAUUGCAUUGGAGAUGCUCAUUCUGCCCGUGUGAAAGGUGUUGUGGUGCUUUCUAAGAAUGAUGGUGGUGGUGAUGCUGAUGAUCCAUAUCUAGUGGCAUCUGCAUCCUCAGAUGGGGUUAUACGUGUUUGGGAUGUACGCAUGGCAGUUAAGGAGAAGCCAAUUCCAUUGGCUGAGGCAAAAACAAAUUCAAGGCUGACUUGUCUUGCUGGAUCAUCUAUCAAAUCUUUCAAACUACCUCAUACUGGAAACAAUGCUCCACAAGAGAAGAAGAACAAGAAUGGAGAUACUGAAGAUUCAUAACUUCAAAGAAAGGAUAAUUUGGGAAAUUGACUUGAUAUGUUCAAAAAGGGUUCUGAGAUUUUGAGGUGGAGCAUGUUUUACAAAUUCCCAGCCCACCAACACCUACAAAUCAAUUUUGACAGCUGAGAAACUUGUUCAUGCUAGUUCUGGCAUAUGUAUCAUUUGAUUCAAAGGUAUAAUAUUAUUUGAUCAGUUUUGCAUUGCAGUUGUCAUGUAAACAAUGAAACGUUAAUUUGAGUAUUAGUGUAAUGUUUCUAUGAGUAA